AUGGUGUCCCAGCUGAGCGCCCUGCAGCGGGAGCUCCUGGGCGCCCUGCUCAGCUCCGGGGCCACCAAGGAGGGGCUGAUCCGCGCCCUGGAGGACAUGGUGCCCGCCGCCGGCUUCGGCGUCAAGCUGGAGAGCCUGCCGCUGUCCCCCGGCGGGCCGCCCGACGGCAAGGCCGCCUACCCGCCGCUCGCCAACGGGCACGGCAAGGGCAAGCUGUCCGGCGACGAGGGCUCGGAGGACGGCGACGACUUCGACACGCCGCAGAUCCUCCGCGAGCUGCAGGCGCUCAACACCGAGGAGGCCGUGGAGCAGCGGGCGGAGGUGGACAGGAUGAUCAGCGAGGACCCGUGGCGGGCGGCGAAGAUGAUCAAGGGCUACAUGCAGCAGCACAACAUCCCGCAGCGGGAGGUGGUGGACGUCACCGGCCUCAACCAGUCGCACCUCUCGCAGCACCUCAACAAGGGCACCCCCAUGAAGACGCAGAAGAGGGCCGCCCUCUACACGUGGUACGUCCGCAAGCAGCGGGAGAUCCUGCGGCAGUUCAAUCAGCAGAACCAGGGGGCUGGCCAGCUCGACGAUGCCUGCUCCGAAACCCCCAGCAAGAAGAUGCGCCGCAAUCGCUUCAAGUGGGGGCCGGCCUCCCAGCAAAUCUUGUACCAAGCCUACGACCGCCAAAAGAACCCCAGCAAGGAGGAGCGAGAGGCGCUGGUGGAGGAGUGCAACAGGGCCGAGUGUCUGCAGCGAGGGGUGUCUCCCUCCAAGGCGCACGGGCUCGGCUCCAACCUGGUGACGGAGGUGCGCGUCUACAACUGGUUCGCCAACCGGCGGAAGGAGGAGGCUUUCCGCCAGAAGCUGGCCAUGGACGCCUACAGCUCGGGCCAGCCCCCGCACAGCAUGAACCUGCUGCUGUCCCACGGCUCCCCCCACCACAACCAGCCCAGCGCCUCGCCCCCCAGCAAGAUGCCAGGGGUCCGGUACAGCCAGGCGGCGAGCGGCGAGGCGGCGUCCUCCGGGGCCAUCAGCCACCACGGCAGCGGUGCCAUGGUCACCACCAGCCAGGCGGUCCUGCAGCAGGUCUCCCCGGCCGGCUUGGACCCAGGCCACGGUUUGCUCUCUCCCGACGGUAAAAUGAUCUCCGUGUCGGGCGGCGGGCUGCCCCCGGUGAGCACCCUGACCAACAUCCACAGCCUGUCCCACCACAACGCGCAGCAGUCCCAGAACCUCAUCAUGACGCCGCUCUCGGGAGUCAUGGCCAUCGCACAGAGUCUGAACACCUCGCAGGCGCAGAGCGUCCCGGUCAUCAACAGCGUGGCCGGCAGCUUGGCGGCCCUGCAGCCGGUCCAGUUCUCCCAGCAGCUGCACAGCCCGCACCAGCAGCCGCUCAUGCAGCAGUCGCCCAGCCACAUGGCCCAGCAGCCCUUCAUGGCCACCGUCACCCAGCUGCCCAACUCGCACAUGUAUGCACACAAGCAGGAGCCUCCCCAGUAUUCCCACACCUCCCGCUUCCCCUCGGCGAUGGUGGUGACGGACACCAGCAGCAUCAGCACGCUCACCAACAUGUCUUCCAGUAAGCAGUGUCCCCUGCAAGCCUGGUGA